AUGGAAGAGUUCGCGCUGUCUCUGCUACUGUACUCCGACCACAGCGUGGACACGCCGCAAGGCUUCAGUUAUAGCGGCCGCAAAUGUGACGUGGAGAAAAUCUGCGGCGUGUCGAUCCUGCGCGCCGGCGAGACCAUGGAGCAGGCCGUGUGCGACGUCUGCAAGGACAUCCGCAUCGGCAAGAUACUCAUACAGACCAACCAGCAGACUGACGAGCCGGAGCUAUACUACCUCCGGCUGCCCAAAGACAUAAAGGACUACCGCGUGAUCCUCAUGGACGCCACCGUGGCCACCGGCGCCGCCGCCAUCAUGGCCAUCCGCGUGCUGCUCGACCACGACGUGCCCGAGGACCACAUCAGCCUCGUGUCACUGCUUAUGGCAGAGAUCGGCGUACACUCCAUCGCCUACGCCUUCCCCAAGGUAAAAAUCGUAACAUCAGCUCUAGACCCGGAGAUCAACGAGAAGUUCUACGUGUUACCCGGGAUAGGCAACUUCGGCGACCGCUACUUCGGCACCGAGCCCGCCGACGACGAGUAGCAAACCAACCAGGUACGUUGUGACGCGGAACUAUAGGCGCACGAUGAGGAAGGCAUAAACAACACCAGUGGGCCUAAAAUGCGCGCCGUGAUAAACUUUUAUCGACGUCAAAAUAUAUGGGCAAAAUCGAUAAAAUGGCGUGAUAACCGCUUAUCGCGGCGCGCAUCUUAGGCCUACAGUAGGCGCGUUGUGAUAAGCUUUUAUUGUGCCAUUUUAUCGAUUUCCUGACGUUGGUCGUGCAAAAAUAUCGAUAAGAUUUUAUCACGGCGCGCAAACUUGUCUGGUAUGUUGUAACGCGAAACGAUAGAUAUAAUCAUAGCAUCGUUGAGGCUAGUGUUAGAGCCAAACUGUUCACAAAAAUAAUACUAUCUCUAAAGCUACAAGUGGGCGGUGACAAAGAAACGAUAGGCAGGAUAUACGCAAACAUUAUUAAGGCGUAGUGUGAAGAGCCAAGAUGUUCACAAAAAGAACACUAUCUCCAAAACUAUAAGUGGGCGGUGACAAUUUUCACAUGGUGUCGUGUGCCUAUAUUUUGCGUCACAACUUUACCACGUAAAAUCGUGAUGCUAACUCAUCUUACUCAGUGGCAAAACAUGAUUCUGGCAUUUCGAGAACUCGGGGAAAAUACGUAAUCGUAAAUUUGAUGAGAUGCCACUCGGCCAGAUGGGAGCAAAAUAUAACUGACAAAAUUGCGGUGGAUGCCACGAUGACGUACCCAAAUGAUUUUUUUAAUCUAAAGUCAGAUCUAUCGAUUCAAAAUUAAAAUUAUUAAAAUAUACAAAAAAAGUGUUUAUUUAUGUUGUGCAAUAUUUAAAAAAUGCUACAAACAAACUGUAUGUAAAAAAGUACAAUGAAUAAAUUAUUUAUUUGUCAAAAUGAAAUCCAGCUGUCAAAUUGACAGUGACAUUUUUGAUCACGAAUCGUAAAUCUGACUUUACCAGCAUGAGUUUUAUGUCAAAACUCUUUAGUUCAACCAAAACUAAACUACCCACGAAGGCCGUGAUAUUUAUUGUCUUUGGUAAGAUCGCAUCGUAUAUCCACAUUUAUCUCGUAUACAACGGUGUAUUAUAAAAUCUAGUAAAAUACCGUUGGAUUCUAGAAAAAACGUAGAAUAUGCCAUACGCAUUUUGUAGUGUCAUUAUUAUGUACUGUUGGAGGAUUACAUUUGGUAGUUUUUGAUGAAAUAAAAAGUACACGUCCAAUGAGUUUUUUUUUGUAUUAGUAAAUU